GGUCAGUCCACAGGCUCCAAACAGGAAACAGCUGAAGCCAUAUCGCUCUCUCUCUCUCCUCUCUCUAACUGCCAAUGAGAGAGCCAAUCUCGCUCCUCCUCUUUCUCCUUCUCAUCCAUGGAGCUCUCCACCCAAGCUCCGUCACCGCGGGCGAUUUCACCGGCGACUACUCCAAGCUUUCCGGCAUCAUCAUACCUGGCUUUGCUUCCACUCAGCUCCGUGCCUGGUCCAUCCUCGACUGUCCUUACUCUCCUCUCGAUUUCAACCCUCUCGAUUUGGUUUGGCUCGACACCACCAAGCUUCUUUCUGCUGUGAACUGUUGGCUUAAGUGCAUGCUACUAGACCCUUACAAUCAAACAGAUCACCCUGAAUGCAAGUCGCGGCCUGAUAGUGGUCUUUCUGCCAUUACUGAACUUGAUCCAGGUUACAUAACAGGCCCUCUUUCUUCUGUGUGGAAAGAAUGGAUUAAGUGGUGCAUUGAGUUUGGUAUUGAACCUAAUGCAAUCCUUGCUGCUCCAUAUGAUUGGAGAUUGUCAGCAUCAAAGCUUGAAGAGCGGGAUCUUUACUUUCACCAGCUGAAGAUAACUUUUGAAACUGCUCUAAAACUUCGUGGUGGUCCCUCAAUAGUUUUUGCCCAUUCAUUGGGUAACAAUGUCUUCCGUUACUUUUUAGAGUGGCUAAAGCUAGAAAUUCCACCAAAAAAGUAUAUCCAGUGGCUAGAUGAACAUAUUCAUGCCUACUUUGCUGUUGGUGCUCCUCUUCUUGGUGCGAGUGAGACAGUCAAAGGAACCCUUUUUGGAUUCACAUUUGGUCUUCCUGUUUCUGAGGGAACAGCUCGAUCGAUGUUGAAUUCAUUUGGCUCUUCAUUAUGGAUGAUGCCAUUUUCAAAGCAUUGUAGAGCGGAUAAUAUCUAUAGGAAGCAUUUCUCUCAUUGGAGUAGGAGCAGCCAUCAAACAUAUCAGUGUGAUGAACAGGAAUUUCGGCAAAAUUACUCUGGAUGGCCAACAAAUAUAAUCAAUAUUGAAAUUCCUUCAAUUCCAGCAGGAAUGGAUGCCUACCCAUCAGUUUCAGAAGUAGCACAGACCAACUUAUCUAACAUGGAAUGUGGACUCCCCACUCAGUUAUCCUUCUCCGCUCGUGAGACAUCAGAUGGAACCCUUUUCAAAGCAAUAGAGGAUUAUGAUCCAGAUAGCAAAAGGCUCUUGUACCAAUUACAGAAGUUAUAUCAUGGUGAUCCAGUUUUGAAUCCACUUACACCAUGGGACAGACCACCUUUAAAGAACAUUUUUUGUAUCUAUGGAAUAAAUAAAAAGACUGAGGUUGGUUAUUAUUUUGCACCAAGUGGAAAGCCGUACCCUGAUAACUGGAUCAUGACUGAUGUCAUUUAUGAGAUUGAAGGAUCUUUAGUCUCAAGAUCAGGAAAUCUAGUUGAAGGGAACCCAGGAGCUGCCAGUGGGGAUGAGACGGUUCCAUACCAUUCUCUCUCUUGGUGCAAGAAUUGGCUUGGGCCAAAAGUGAACAUAACAAGAGCUCCUCAGUCGGAGCAUGAUGGAUCUGACAUACAAGUGGAGUUCAAUGUAGAACAUCAUCCUGAUGAAGAUAUAGUUCCCAAUAUGACAAGGUCACCUCGGGUUAAGUAUAUGACCUAUUAUGAAGAUUCUAAAAGUAUUCCAGGAAGAAGGACAGCGGUUUGGGAGCUUGAUAAAGCAAAUCAUAGAAACAUUGUCAGAUCGCCGGUUCUGAUGCGGGAGCUAUGGCUCCAGAUUUGGCAUGAUAUUCAUCCUGAUGCAAAAUCAAAAUUUGUCACUAAAGCGAAGCGUGGACCUUUGAGGCAUGAGGACUGCUAUUGGGAUUAUGGAAAAGCUCGUUGUGCUUGGCCCGAGUACUGUGAAUAUAGAUAUGUUUUUGGGGAUGUUCACCUAGGACAGAGUUGUAGAUUAAGGAAUUCUUCAGCCGAUAUGCUCUCACAUUAUGUAUAGAUUACAAGGGAAAGGUUGAGGAUUCUAGGGUUCAGUCUCAGAUACUGUGUACUCAAUUUUUGGCUGUCAGCAUUUCUGGUAGGUGGAAUCCAUGAGCCCUUAUGGCUCCAUUAUUUUUCAUCUACUGGAGUAAUGGAUAACAAGUUGAACUGUUUCGGUUCUGACAAACUUCAAGCAUGCCCAAGAUUUAGCAUUCUCAAGAAUAGUUCCCAAUUGCAGGAAAAAAUUUUGAAUAUUCAUUUAUCAAAAUCAUUUACUCAUGGUUGACGAAUCCGCCUGUAAGUAAGAUUGGUACUAGGUUCAUACUGUAUCUUCAACAAUAUCGUAGUCUAUCAAGUGUUCAUCCUUCAUUCAUUAAUUAUGAAAAGUUGAAUUCCUUA